UCUCUUUUCAUCAACUGUCUGCUCGAAGCCAGGAGACCCACAUGUGGUAGAUAUCAUUGCAGGGGAUAUAUGACUAAGAGCUAAGAAGCAAGAAGACGUGUCAGCACUAUGGGCAGGGUCCAGAGACCUCCAGCCGGACAGCACCGGCAUUGUGAGAAAUGUUUCCAUCGACAGUGUCAGGUUCCGAUAGAGCCAAAUAUCUCCUGCCUGGUGAUCAGUUGCCGCCGGCUUUGUGGAGCAGCUUUCCAUACGUGCAAGGAGGAAGAACAUGAGUUGCUUUGUCCCCUGGAGCAGGUUCCUUGCCUCAAUUCUGCUUAUGGCUGUCCUCUUUCUAUGGCCCGACAUAAACUGGCAAAGCACCUUCAGGUCUGCCCAGCCAGCGUGGUCUGCUGCUCCAUGGAGUGGAACCGUUGGCCAAAUAUAGACUCAGAAACAAUUCUUCAUGAGAAUAUCAUGAAAGAGCCCCACAGCGAGGAAUGUUUGGACACAGCUCUGGCCAUCCAGGAUCAAAAGGUCCUUUUUGGCUCCCUGAAGAUGGUGGAGUUUUUCCCUGAAUCCAGAGAGUUCCCUGAGGAAGAACUGGAAAUGGACAGUGAUGCCAUUUUGGAGGAACAAGGAGCAGUUGGUGGAAUGGACUCUCAUUCUCUGCCAGUGAGCGGAAUGUCACCUAAUGGCGACGUAGGGGAACUGAGUCAGGAAGAACGAGAGGCUUUGGCAAAAGACAAAGAAGGGAUGGAUCUGGUCAGUUUUGGGAAAUGGGAAAACAUUUUCAGCAAAGAGCAUGCGGCAUCAAUGUUGACAAAUUCCUCAGCAAACCCCGGGGGCAAGAGUAGUCAGGGCAGAGGGAAAGAACAGACUUCCAGUCAGCAGAGUAAUGCUUUAGAAAAGGGAGCUAGUGUGGAGAAAGAAAGCCAGGCAGACCAAAAGGAGAAGGACCCUUACAGAAAUAUGGGAACGACAGGACUCGCACCUUGGCAAGAUGGAGUAUUGGAAAGACUGAAGGCAGCAGUUGAUGUAAAGGACUAUAACAUGUACCUAGUGCAUAAUGGGAGAAUGCUGAUCCACUUUGGCCAGAUUCCUGCUUGCACACCCAGAGAAAGGGACUUUGUUUAUGGCAACCUAGAAGCUCAGGAAGUCAAGACUGUUUACACCUUCAAAGUCCCAAUGAGCUACUGUGGGAAGAGGGCCCGACUUGGUGACACAAUGGGGGCUAACAGGCCAAGUGAACACAAGGCCACAGAUACCUCAGACUUGGGGAUUGAUGUAGAAGAACUGCCAAAAUCUGAUCUGAUCAGAACUACCCUUCUGUGUGCCAUGGAAAGGGAGCUGAAGGGCCACGUCAUCUCUGAGUCAAGGAGCAUCGAUGGACUCUUCAUGGACUUUGCAACCCAGACCUACAGCUUUGAGCCAGAGCAGUUUUCCUCAAGUGCAGUAUUGGCAGACCUCACUUCUGAAGGCCCCCCAGGUCUCCACGUGGAACUCCACAGUGAAUGUGUGACCAGGAGACAUAACAAGAGUAGCUCAGCUUUUACUUUUACUUGCAACAAGUUCUUUAGGAGGGAUGAGUUCCCACUGCACUUCAAGAACAUCCACUCUGAUAUCCAGUCAUGCCUCAAUGGUUGGUUCCAGCAUCGCUGUCCACUGGCCUACUUGGGGUGCACCUUCGUUCAGAAUCAUUUCCGCCCUCCAGGGCAAAAAGCCAAAGUGAUCUACAGCCAAAAACUCAGGACGUUUGCCAUCAAGCCUGAGGUUGCUCCGGAGCUGGGGCCCAGAGGGAAAAGCCAGAGGUCAUUAACCAGCCUGCCCCUAGAGAUACUACAGUAUAUUGCAGGGUUCUUAGAUAGUGUCAGCUUGGCUCAGCUGUCCCAGGUGUCUGUCCUCAUGAGGAGCAUCUGUGCUACGCUCUUGCAAGAGAGGGGGAUGGUCCUCCUGGAAUGGAAGAAAAAGACCUAUUCCCAUGGGGGCACUGGCUGGAAAGCUCACAAAAAGAUCUGGCAGUUCAGCAGCCUUUUCUCCAGAAUUAACAGCUGGCAGUUUAACGAGGUCACCUCCAUGUCAGAACACUUGAAGACUUGCCCCUUCAAUAUUGUGGAACACAGGACAGACCCAGUUCUUCUGACCAGCAUGUGUGAGCAACCCAAGCAAGCCAGGAAGAGCCUGGUCUCCACCUUCAAGCCUAGACCAUGAGGAAGAAAUCCAUCAGAAAGUGCUUACUCUGGUGUUGCUCUGUCUUCCUCCAGCCUCCUGGAAGGGAGAACGUGUUGUGAUUUUGAGGAUCAACUUCUUGCGUCUCUGUGGAACACUGGGUUCUUAGAAGCUUCAGUCAACUCACAAAGCCUAAUCACUCUAUGUUUUAGUUUUUUAGGUUUACUACCUUACCCCCACCUCCACCCCAUAACUGCUUAAUAUAAUUUUUUUUCUGCUUAAGAAAUCAGUCUAAAGGAUAGCUGUUGGAAGAGAAAGUGGCUCAUUAGGCAAUCAGGAAAUCAUAAAAAGAUUACAGGCAUUAGGAGAGGAGAAAGUAGAUAAAUUACCCAAUGGGUACAGGCCUGGUAGGGUUAACCAUCACUCAUUCAGGUAUCACAUAGAAAGGUUUCCAAGCUGAGUCCCACAGGUACAAGGGAUUGCUCAGAUCCGGAAAGGAGGAGUUGAGGAACUUCAGAGCGGUGAUAAUUCCGACAAGGGCCUCUAUAGGCCUAGGGAUAAAGAAAAGGCCACGUAGGUGGAACAAGCACAUGAUGCAGUUCUAUGUAUAACUAUGAACCUUCACAGAAAGUGUGCUGGGGAUUCAAAGCCAAAAAUAAAAUUGUCCCUACCGUUAAGGGAAUUUAUAGCCUACAGAUUUCAGAACCUUUGAUUUCUCCCACCUUUAUCAUGGUCAUUUCUUGAGAAAGGGAGAGAGAGAGAGAGGGGAGAAUGAUGGUUAUAUGUAACAAAAUGGAGGUAUUGGACUGGUUGGCAUUUGAGUAGCUGUGAUUGAUUUCAAAUCUGGCAUGAAUAACUCAGCACUGGAUAUCACCAUUAGGAGAAAUGGAGAAAACACUGGAGUUUAUUAUACGGGCAAGUCAUGGCUGUAAGCAUAAAUCCCUUUUUCAUAAUGAUGUAUAACUUUGGGAGACCUGAUUUUCCUUAGUACAAUCCAAUCUAGCAAAUAUUUAUUAAAUACAAUACAAGACCUUGUACUAAUUGUUGAGAAUACAGAGACAAAAUGAAAAAUAAUCUUUGUUCCCUGGGAACUUAGAACCUUUGGAUGGAGGACACAGUAUAUAAGCAGUAAAUCCAUAUGUGAUCAUUUGAAUAGGAAAAGAAAGCUAUUCCCCCUGCUCUGACUAUAUUGUGUUUUUUGGUACAAGGCACUAUUUUUCUGAGAUGAUAACCACAGACUUAUUUAAGAAUUUUUUGUAGUCAAAUCAAACAGUGAAAAAAAAGGUAACAGAAUUGUAAAUGAGCACAUUGAUUCUUAACAGUAAAGAAUACUACUUCCUCAGAAUCUGGCUUAUAGGUAUACCCUGGCCUCUAGGCAUGAAGGUUAACUAAGACAAAGAAUGGAAAAAGCCACAGGCUUACUAAGAGGAGAGUUGGGGGUUGCACAAAGAUGGUUAAGGAGCUAAGGGAUUGAAGAGGGACAGACAGGUGGGAAAGCAGAAAGCUUAACACAUAGCAUCUUGGAUGACUGGGGAUGGUGAAAGAGUGGUGAGAUGGGGGUGGGCAGAAGGAAGCAAGCCAAGAAAGAAACACUCACACUGGUUCUAUUGGCAGCCCACCCCCAGCUGCACUUUGUAAAUUGACUGGUAUCAUCAGAAAAGGUUAAUGGCUUUGAUACUUAACUGAUUCUAUUGGGACCUUUCAAGUAAGUGUAUUUUAGAAUUGUGGAGGAAAAGCAUGAAGAGAAAAGGAAGUGGUUUAGAGAGACUGGGGAUCUGAAAACAGGAUGAUUGGUAGAGGAGGAGCUUCAGUGAAUGGGAGAAAGAGAAUAUGCUAUCAACCACAGAUCAGUAGACUAAGAAAAUCCUUUAAGUGAGCAGAGCAGGAAAGGUGGAGUAGUUUAAGGAGAUUCCUAGGAGAAGGAAUCCUCCUAGGAGUGUCAGGGGCCUGCCUGAAAUAGAGUUCAGCCAGAAUUAGAGGAAAGAUUACAUUCUGAAACAAGGGUUCUCAAACUUGUGUGUGUGUGAGUGUGUGUGUGCGUCAUGGACCCUUUUGCAGUUUGGUGAAAACUAUGGACCCCUUCCCACACUGUUUAAAAAGGCAUAAAAUAAAAUACAUAAAAUUACAAAGGAAAACAAUUAUGAUGAAAAAUAGUUAUUGAUUUUUUUCAAACAAGGUCACAGAUCCCAGGUCAAGAAUCCCUAGUCUAAAGAGACCAGAUAGAUGACACUGUUUCCUUGACGAGGAAGCUGAGAAAGGGCUCUGACUUGGACUUGGGAUAGAAGUAAGGUGGGGGAGAGGAAGGGUAGAUGGAGACAUAGGAGGUAAAACAGAAGGGCCUUAUUACUGGAUGAAAGUUAAUAAAUCUGAAUUGAAUAAAGAGAUUGCAUGUACCUAUAAGUUACUCACAUGUAUGGCAUAUACGUGGGAAUGCCACA